AUGUCCACCAUUUAUGUGGUGGUCCCUCAUACAUACCAGACUAUUCCUUUUCUCCAUGCGGUAUUGGCUGAACAACUCCAUGACUCUGCCAGCGCGAUUGAACUCCUCAAGGACGUUCAGUUGCUGCAGUACUUUGAUUUUACCGGGCUUACUGAGAGUGUGGCCGAGGUCAGUGAAAGGAUAUUUCAAACCAACCAGAGCAAGGAGAAAGCAGGUUCGAAUGGGAAGGUCAGAAAUAUAAUGUUGGUGCAGGGUCUUAGCUCUGCCAUCUCGACAGUCCAUCGUCGUAGUGGGCUCGUCCAGGCCAAUGCACUCCUUGCAUCACUGCUGCGCAAUAUUACUCAACUUUCCCGGAUGGCCCCUGAUGUCCUCAUUAUGAUUGAGGCCGCUGUGGACACUACUUUCCAAAGUCUCGGAGAAAGAAGACAGGAUGUGCCCAAGUCGAAGAGAUAUCUAGCAGGCAUAGAGCUCGAGACUGCCUUCACUAGUCCAAUUGGAGAAUGUUUGAGGCUGGUCUGUGGGAAUGAGACUCUAUCAAGGACAUUGGACAUGGCGUUCGACACGAUGAUCGUGGUCCAUGAUGGGUUUGGCAGAGGAGGUGACGAAUCGGGAGGCCCAAAACGGUCCCAGAGAAACAUUGUCGAAGUCACCAAAGACCGAGUUGGAAAUAUGGCAGGCUUCUGGAGUACGUGGCGCUUGGAGAACCACCGAACUUCAAUUCACCGGCAAGUGUAA